CUGUGGAAUCUACUUCCCGUGUGAAGUUCAUUUCUUAGGAGUAAACUAGUUUGCUCUCAUUUCUUAGAGAUAACAACUUCUGAGAUACCGUAGGAUUACUAACUCUCACAUGAUAGUUUCAUGAAUCGCAAGAUUUUGAACAAACGAAAGUGAGAGUUAAGUGGCGAAAAUGGCGUGCAGACAUGCGUUUCUGCCCGAAGAGGAUCUGUCAUGUCCCGUGUGCUGUGACAUCUUUAGGCAUCCUGUUCUUUUGCCAUGCAGUCAUAGCAUCUGUAAAAUCUGUCUAUUGCAGUUUUGGAAACAGAAGGGAUCUCGAGAGUGUCCGAUUUGCCGGCAAGUGUCGGCGACCGACCAGCCUCCGUGUAACUUAGCAUUGAAGAACUUGUGUGAAUCCUUUUUACAGAACAGAAGUCAGACCGCUAGCUUUUCUAGAUUGCCUGAAGUACACUGCAUUCCACAUAAUGAACCAUUCAAGCUUUUUUGUCUGGACGACGAACAGGCUGUUUGUCUGGUGUGUCAGGCUUCGAGGAAACAUUCGGAGCAUACAUUUCUUCCCAUCGAUGAAGCUGCGCAAGAUUAUAAGGGGCAGCUCCAGACGUCACUGAAACUCUUGCAGGAGAAACUUCGAGUGCACAAUCAGCUCAAACUGACCUACCACCAAACAUCCAGUCACAUCAAGAUCCAGGCCCAGGACACGGAGAGGCAGAUCAGGAGAGAGUUUGAGGAGCUUCAGCAGUUUCUGCGAGACGAACAGGCAGCACGGAUUACAGCUCUGAAGGCAGAGGAGAGGCAGAAGAGUCGUGUGAUGAGAGAGAAGAUUGAGAAGAUCAACAAGGACAUCGGCACUCUUUCAGACACCGUCAGAGCCACGGAAAAGGAGAUGCGAACUGAACAUGCACUCUUCCUUCAGAACUUCAAGGCUACAAUGGAAAGAGCCCAGUACACACUGCCAGAUAUACCACAGCAGCCAGACUGCGUUUCAGGAUGUCUGAUCAAUGUGGCAGAAAACCUGGGCAACCUAAAGUUCAGGGUCUGGGAGAAGAUGAAGGACAAAGUUCAGUAUACCUCUGUGAUCCUGGACCCAAACAGUGCCCACCCACGCCUCAUCCUGUCCAGAGAUCUGACCAGCAUCAGCUUCGGUGACGCUAAGCAGCUUCCUGACAACGCGGAACGCUUUGACUACUGGGAAUGUGUUGUGGGCUCAGGGGGCUUGGACUCAGGAUGCCACUGCUGGGAUGUUGAGGUCGGGGACAGCAAAGGCUGGGAUGUGGGUGUGACCCCCGAGUCCAACCAGAGGAAGGGGAUCAGCUUCUCCUGGGAGAGAGUGUGGCGUGUGGGCUUCAGGGAGACGGGGAUGCACUACUCAGGACCUCACCUCCACAAGCUCCAGCAGAGACUGCAGAGGGUCAGAGUGCACCUGAACAUGGCCACAGGGCAGCUGGCAUUCUGGGACCCCAUCAGUGACACACACUUGCACACCUUCACACACACCUUCACAGAGAGUCUCUUCCCGUUCUUCUACAGCAACCUCUCAAACGCUCCUCAAAGGAUUCUGCCAGGGAAGAUCUCAGUGUUCUUAGAAUAACAUGAUUAGAACUCAUACCCACCCUAAAUUACCCAAGCAGUGUUAGAGUUGUGUCACAUAAACACCAUUUUGGCUCUGUAUUAAUGUAGUUCUGUUAGUGAACAUGUCAUAUAAACACCAUUUUGGCUCUGUAU